AUGUCGAGCACCAGUUCCAAGGAUACGCGCCCGCCGCCCAAGGACUUCUCGCAUCACCUCUCCCGUAAUGCCAAGAGCAGACAGCCCAGCUCCAUCAAGCAGUUCUACAAGUACUUUAGCAUCCCAGGCAUCGGUCAAUUGGCUGGUGGUCUGCCCAACCAAUAUUACUUCCCCUUCGACACGCUAGAGGCAAAGGUCGCCUUGCCAGAAAGAUGGAAGCCCACCGACAACAAGCCCGUUGAUCCGCCUUCGGCCGCCACUUCGUCCCUCAAGAAUGGAAGUCCUCUCAACCAACCUCAGUCCGCCUUGAAGGUCCCUCACACUUCACACGAAGAGAAUCCACUCAAGAAGAUCGAUCUUGCAUCUGCUUUGCAAUACGGCCAGGCCCAGGGAUACCCGCCGCUUUACAGCUUCCUCCGCCAAUUCACCCAAGAGAACCUGCACCCCAACUGCCCAUACAAGGGCGGCCCGGAGAUUGUCCUCACCUGCGGAAGCACCGAUGGUUUCUCCAAGGCUCUUGCUGCCUUGUCCAACGAGUGGAGUGAAGAGAAGGAUUGGGUCCGCGACCGUCAGGGUCUGCUUGUCGAGGAAUUCUGCUACAUGAACGCCAUUCAAGCCGCCAGACCAAGAGGCCUCAACAUUGCCCCCGUCAAGAUUGACGAUGAGGGCAUGCUUCCCGAAGGUCCCGGUGGUCUCCGUGACGUGCUCGAGAACUGGGACUACAAGAAGGGCAAGAGACCCCAUCUGAUGUACACCGUCACCAUGGGACAGAACCCCACCUCUGGUGUUCUUUCUCUACAGCGCCGUCGCGAGCUCUAUGCUCUCUGCUCAAAGUACGAUGUCAUCAUUGUAGAAGACGACCCAUACUGGUACUUGCAGUUCCCUUCGUCCACAAACUCCGACAAGGUCUUUACGCCCCAAUCAUCAAAGUGGAAAUCUUCAGGAUACAACUUCCUCGACUCUCUCGUUCCUUCUUACAUUAACGUCGACACCGAUGGUCGUGUCCUCCGUCUUGACACCUUUUCGAAGACCGUCGCCCCCGGAUGCCGUCUUGGCUGGAUCACAGGCCAACCCGCCCUGAUCGAGCGUAUCCUGCGUCUGACCGAGACCAGCACCCAACAACCCUCAGGCUUCGUGCAAUCCAUGAUCGCCGAACUGCUAAUCGGCCCUCAAGCCGACGACAUUGACCCCGGCAAAGGCCCCGCCAACGGCAAAGGCUGGAGCACCGCCGGCUGGGUCCGCUGGCUCGAGGGCCUGCGCGGCAACUACGAACGCCGCAUGAACGCCAUGUGCCGCGUCCUAGACACCGGCCGCGAAGUCGUCAAAGUCGGGCGCAGAAACUCGCUUUCAAACCUCAGUAUCGACUCUGACGACGAGUGGACCGUCGUGCAAACCUCCACCGCAUAUACCUUUGACUGGCCCGUCGGCGGCAUGUUCGUCUGGCUGAAAAUGCAAUUUGAGACUCAUCCUUUGGCGUCUAAAGUACCGCACGCACGUCUCUCGCGCGCGCUCUGGCUCUUUUGGACUACGAAACCUUACUUGGUGCUUGUAUCUCCUGGCCUGAUUUUCUCGCCCACAGACGAGAUUCGCGCAAAAGACGGGUACAAGUUUUUCCGCCUGUGCUUUGCUGCGUGCGAUGACAAGGAGAUUGAGCCCAUCAGUAAACGAUUUGUCGAGGGCGUGCAAGACUUUUGGAAGAUCAAGUCUGUGAGGAAGAUUGACGAGUUGCUCGAGGAAGAAGGCGAGGGUGUGGAACAGAGGAGUGAUGAAGCUGGUAUGGCACAAUUGGCCAGUUUCAUGGGUCCUUGCUAG